AUGAAAAUGAAGUCAUAUAUUUCCUUGUUAUUCAUAUUAUGUGUUAUAUUUAACAAAAAUAUUAUAAAAUGUACCGGAGGAAGUGAAGAAGGAAGUCCAGCUGAAAGUCAACCUGGAAGUUCAGAUGGAAGUCAAACUGGAAGUUCAGCCGGAAUUCCAGGAGGAAGUGAAAGCGAUAGUGCGGGACAAAUUUCAGUACCCAGUCCAGAACCACGUGCAGAACAAAGUUCACCAGGUGGUUCAGUACAAGGUCCAGAAGAAAGUGCAGGACAAAGUUCAAAUGAAGUUUCAGGAGGUGCUUCAGUACAAAAGACAGUUACUCCACCAGUAACACCAUCUCCAACCACUUCUUCAGAAAAUAAAAAUUCAAUUUUGGUAAAAUCCGCUUUAUUAAAAGAUUAUAUGGGUGUAAAAGUUACUGGUCCAUGUAACGAAAAUUUUGUUAUGUUCUUAGUUCCUCAUAUAUAUAUUGAAGUUGAUACAGAAGAUACUUAUAUCGAAUUAAGAACAUCAUUGAGAGAAACAGAUAAUUUCUUAUUAUUUGAAUCAAACAGUGGUUCAUUAGAAAAAAAAAAAUAUGUAAAAGAAGAACCAAAAGAAACUAGUAAAGAAAAUCCAACUAACGGAAGUGUUACAGGUCAAGAUGAAACACCUUUGUCUGAAGUUCAAGCAGGAGCAAGUUCCUCUCAAAGUAUAGGUGACGCAGGAGCAAGUUCCACUCCAAGUGCAGGUUCAGCAAAUCCCGCUACUGAAGAAAAGAAAAGAAAUUUACAUAAUAUAUGUAAAGAAGGCAAAAAAUUCAAGUUCGUAGUUUAUAUUAAGGAGAAUACAUUAAUACUUAAAUGGAAAGUAUAUGGAGAACCAAAUGAUAACCAAGUUGAUGUAAGAAAGUAUAUGAUAAAUGAAAAAGAAAGCCCAAUUACUAGUAUACUAAUACAUUCAUACAAAGAACAUAAUGAGACAAACUUAAUAGAAAGUAAAAACUAUGUGUUAAGAUCAGACGUCCCAGAAAAAUGUGAUGCUUUAGCUUCUAACUGCUUUUUAAGUGGUAAUUUUAAUAUUGAAAAAUGCUUUCAAUGCGCCCUUUUAGUAGAACCCGAAAAAAAUAAAGAUGAAUGUUUCAAAUACUUAUCUGAAGAUAUUAGAAAUAAAUUCACCGAAAUAAAAGCUGAGACAGAAGAUGAUGAUGAAGAUGAUUAUACUGAAUAUAAAUUAACCGAAUCUAUUGAUAAUAUAUUAAUAAAAAUGUUUAAAACAAAUGAAAAGAAUGAGAAAUCCGAAUUGAUAAAAUUAGAAGAAGUAGAUGACAGUUUAAAAUUAGAAUUAAUGAAUUAUUGUAGUUUACUUAAAGAUGUAGAUACAAGUGGUACUUUAGAUAAUUAUGAGAUGGGUAAUGAAAUGGAUAUAUUUAAUAACUUAAAGAGAUUAUUAAUUUAUCAUUCAGAAGAAAAUAUUAAUACAUUAAAAAAUAAAUUCCGUAAUGCAGCUGUAUGUUUAAAAAAUGUUGAUGAUUGGAUUGUAAAUAAGAGAGGUUUAGUAUUACCUGAAUUCAAUUAUGAUUUAGAAUAUUUUAAUGAAGAUUUAUAUAAUGAAAAAAAUUCUGAAGAAGAUAAUAAUAAUAAUAAAGAAAAGGGUGUUAUAAAUGUUAAUAAGAAUGUAGAAAAAGAAAAUUCUUCAUCACAUGAUAGUACCAACAAUAUGUUUUGUAAUAAAGAAUAUUGUAAUAGAUUAAAAGAUGAAAACAAUUGUAUAUCUAAACUUGAAGUUGAAGAUCAAGGUAAUUGUGAUACUGCAUGGAUUUUUGCUUCAAAAUAUCAUUUAGAAACUAUUAGAUGUAUGAAAGGAUAUGAACCUACUAAAAUUUCUGCUUUAUAUGUAGCUAAUUGUUAUAAAGGUGAACAUAAAGAUAGAUGUGAUGAAGGUUCUAGUCCAAUGGAAUUCUUACAAAUUAUUGAAGAUUAUGGAUUCUUACCAAAAGAAUCAAAUUAUCCAUAUAAUUACGUCAAAGUUGGAGAACAAUGUCCAACAGUACAAGAUUAUUGGGUUAACUUAUGGGAUAAUACAAAAGUUUUAACUAGCAAAAAUGAACCUAAUAGUUUAGAUGGUAAGGGAUAUACUGCAUAUGAAAGUGAAAAGUUUCAAGAUAAUAUGGAGGCAUUUAUUAAUAUUAUAAAAACUGAAGUAAUGAAUAAAGGUUCAGUUAUUGCAUAUAUAAAAGCUGAAAAUGUUAUGGGAUAUGAAUUCAGUGGAAAGAAAGUACAAAACUUAUGUGGUGAUGAUACAGCUGAUCAUGCAGUUAAUAUUGUUGGUUAUGGUAAUUAUAUGAAUAAUGAAGGAGAAAAAAAAUCUUAUUGGAUUGUUAGAAACAGUUGGGGUCCAUAUUGGGGAGAUGAAGGUUAUUUUAAAGUAGAUAUGUAUGGACCAACUCAUUGUCAUUUUAACUUUAUUCACAGUGUUGUUAUAUUCAAUCUUGAUUUACCUAUGAAUAAUAAAACAACUAAAAAAGAAUCAAAAAUAUAUGAUUAUUAUUUAAAAGCUUCUCCAGAUUUUUAUCAUAAUCUUUACUUUAAAAAUUUUCAUGUUGAUAAUAAAAAAUUAUUCUCUGAAAAGGAAGAUAAUGAAAACAACAAAAAAUUAAGUAACAACUAUUUUAUUUUUGGACAAGAUACAGAAGAACAAGGAGAAGGUGGACAAGGAAACAGUGAUGCAUUAGGAUCUGCACAAAAUGUUACAAGUCAAGCCUCCGGAGAAACAGGAAAAGAAAAGAGCGAUCCAAAAGCAUCUGAUGUAACUGUUCCAAAUCAAGCUACAGGAGAUAGUGGACAAGUAAACAGUGUUUCAUCAGUACCUACAGAAAAAGGUUCAAAGGAAGUCUUAGGAGAAAAUGGACAAGCAAAGAGUGUUCCAUCAGUAACUGAACAAGAAGGUUCAAAUCAAGCCUCAGAACGUGUUCAUGUUUAUCACGUAUUAAAACAUAUAAAGGAUAGCAAAAUAAGAAUGGCUCUACGUAAAUAUAUGGAUACACUAGAAGUAGGUAAUAGACACUCUUGUACAAGAGCCUAUGCAUUUGAUCAAGAUAAUUAUGAAAAGUGUGUUCAAUUCUGUAAUAAGAACUGGAGCACAUGCGAAAAUAAAGCUUCACCAGGACAUUGUUUAUCCAAAUUGGAAACAAACAAAGAAUGUUAUUUCUGUUAUGUAUAA